AUGGACUUGUGUGGAGUGAAGGAGCCCACGGUGAAAUAUUUGGAGCCGGUGCCGGAGCCCGAGCCUCCCGUCCCGCCACGGACCAGCCAGUAUUACCAAGUGCACCCGGGCGUCCCCGACAGAUUCGAGCAUCCGGACUGUUUCCAGGGUUAUAGAUCCCGACCAAUUAAUCCGAUAUAUCGAACAACCAACCAGGUUUAUGGGAGUCAGCGGCCAACUGUCCAUGAAAUGCCGACCAGCUACUUUUCAGUAUCUCGUAAGCUUUCUAAUCACUUAAGUAAAUGUGGAAUGUACAGAGACAAUGGAUUCAAUGUGGGCCUGGAGAAGUCCCUGGUCACUGGGCCAGACAACCUCAUUAGGUUCCAGGACCGUCUGAACUUCCACCGCUCCUACUUUCAUGCUGGCCCAUCCGACACGGAAUAGUGGAUGUGAUUUCCUCGUGCUCAGUCAGACACUUAAUCCACUCCUUACAGCAGUCAGCUGCACUUUCUUUGUAUGUCCCUUACACAACAGUGUAAUAAUUUAAAUCUGUUCUAUUAAAAAG